AUGCAGAACCUCUCAGAGGGUUUACUCAAAGCAGUAAGAAAAGCAGCUGAGACUGUCAAACCAGAAUUGAAGCUCUAUCAAGCAUUCACUAUGAAGAGCUUCACUGACACAAUCACCAUCAUCAAUAAGAAUAGAGAAAACCAGAUCUUAGGUCUGCAGCAGGAGAUCAAAUGUUUACACAGACAGGUGACUACACUGAACCUGAAGAUCUCAUCACAAUCAUUUAUAAUCUCUUCAGAAGUGUACACAUUAUCAGAGAUCACUGCACAGAAUGAGAAUCUGAGCAUGAAAUAUAUCAAGUCAGAAGAUCUGCUGAAGUCAUCAAGUUUUAAUAGUGACUGA